GUGUACUGUGUGCAUGAGUAAAACUUUUACUGAAGUUAUAUUCAUUUUGUACACGUUUAGUUUUAUUUAUUUAUUUGUAUUAUUUAAUUUGAGUUUUUUCUCCUGAUUUGGAGCCGCUAUGGGUUCCAAAUUGGGAGGUUUUGGGUCGCUGACCCGCAGGCACGGAUUUAAAUGUAUUCCAGACAGUUCAGUAACAGUGGAGGAGUGUUUGUUAGCUGUCGGGGAAAAAAUAGGGUAUGGAAAUAUAAACUCUGCUGCAAGAAUGAAUAAAGCCAUCUUGUUUUUCUUAGUAGUGAACUGUUAGUGAACAGGAUUGUUGAAGAAGGUUUGUCAGCGUUUUACCUUUAGCUUCCCCUGUCACUAAAGUUAUCCUUUCAAACGUCCCGCCUUUCAUUAAAGAUGAGUUGAUUAUUAAUGAGCUGCUAAGAUACGGAAAAAUAAUGUCCCCAAUUAAACCUAUUUUACUCGGGUGUAAAAACCCAGAUGUUAAGCAUGUCAUGUCUUUUAGGAGACAAGUUUUUGUAUUAUUGAAUGACCCCAACUCGUCUAUUGAAGUUGUGUGGACUUUCAAUAUUGACGGUAGUAAUUAUGUUAUAUUUGCCAGCACAGAAUCAAUGAAAUGUUUUCAUUGUGGAGGACAAGGACACCUUAGAAGGGCUUGCCCUCAUAAAAUAAUGAUACUGAGAAUAAUAAGGCAAGAGAGCCAGCAAGUGGGGAGGACGGAGUCUCUGAGACAGCACCAGGGGCUGAGCAGCAAACGCAGCCGCCAGCGCAGACAGUGAGACCCGAGCCGGCACCUCGACUGAAGCAGGGGAUCGGUGCGGAGGUUAAUGAAAACAAUAAAGAAACAGUGAAUACCCCUGAUGACUCAGGUUUACAACUGGUUGAAAAAAAGAGGAAAAGACGUGUGGCCAUCCCAGGAAAGGUAGCCGAAGAAGGGCAGUCUGUCUGGGAUUCUGAGACGCUCUCUCAGGGCAGCGGUGCUGCUGCAGCUCAGAGCUCCGGGACAGGAGAUCAAGGUAAAGCUGGAUUUCAGCUUAGACCUGCGAUAACCCCGCGUUCAGGGAAGAAGGGUAACAGCGGUGCUGCAGUUCAGUCCAGCGCUGAGACAUCCUCCAGAUCAGAGGACCUGUUGCCGGAUACAGUAGCUGUGGAUGACGCUGAAGAAUCUGAAGAGGAGUCGGUGAUUUCAGAGAUGGAUGAUGGAGGAGAGCUCUCUGACUCCUUGGUGCUGCUCGAUGAGGCUCUGCCCAAGCUGUCUGGACAAGAUCGAACUACUUCGUGCAAACGAGCCUCGGCAAGGUUUCACUGGCGCUGUUGUGAAGGCAAAGGUGAAAUCUGUCAUUGGGGAUGAAGAAUUGCCUCCUCCCUGCCUCAAUAAGUCCACUCUCCCAACGGCAGAGGAAUUAAAAAAACUGACAAGGAAGAUUUUCAGGGGAUAUUCAUUUCCAUCCCUGAAUGACCGCAGCAUGCAGGAACUGGGUUACAAAUGGUGCACCUUCAGAAGUUCUAAUAGCAAACUACAAGCUAAGGAGAAUUCUCUCGCAUCCCCAGUCAGAAACAGAGGAGGAUAUGAUACAGAGACUAAAGUUUUUGAAACCGCACUCUCAAAACAGACAGUCUUUAGGACUGAACCUGUUGAUCUUCAACAAGAAAGCCAGAAAAUCCUAUAUGGAUUGCAGUGCGAUGAAUACAAGAAGCUAACCCAGAGGUUCCAUCAUGGCUUAUCAAUAAAGAAUCUGCAAACACAUCAGGAGCCCAAAAAGCUUUGCCAGCCUGGUGGCUCUGAAACAUCUUGCAUGCUGCGUUCCACGAAUAACCAAUUUCUCCUACCAUCACUCUACACCAGCACGGUGCCAUCAUUUCUCCCUCGGACACUGCUCCCCAUGGAAAAAGCCCUGGCAAGGAGACAGGGAAAUAAAAAGCCUACAUCUGUAUCAACUGUGACUGCAAGCCUCAUCUCAAGGUCAUUGGAGCUAAAACAAAGAUCAACUGAACAUUACAGCAAUAGACAGUCAUCUGAAGACACUCCAACCAAUGAUAAUCCAACAAAAAAGCCAAUUACUUCUAGAAGAUAUAAAGAUAUUCCUAAAAGCAAAGCUGAAUGUAUCGGUCAAGAGUAUACAACUUUCUUAUCAGGAUUGCCAGCUGCCAAGGAGUCUGAAGAACCCAUUCAGCAGAAACAGAAAGAAGAACAAAACCAACAAUGCGAUGCCCUUAAUCAGGUUCAUAAUCCCAGUGUUUCUUCUGAAGAAGUAGUAUCUCUAGUACACACAGGAGACAAAACCGAAGAAGCAGAACAAAAUGUGCAAUUAGAUAGCACGGCCUGGCAAGGUAAAUUGAGGCAACCAUUGACCUGAAAACAGAGAAAGAAGGUGUUCAGUUAGACAGUGGGGACCAGAACUGAAAACAUUUUCGAAGAUUGUUGUUUCAGAAAAACAUAUACAGGGUGUCCUAUAAGUCAGACAUGAUAGGCAAUAUUGUUAAAAUUGUUUGUCUGUCUUUUUUCUUUCAGAUAUAAAUUGUCUUUCAUCAAAGAAUAAUUAAUUAAUGUAAUUGAUGUGUGGUGCAGAUUAUCAAUGGGGUGUGGCUGCCAGAUUUAACAGAGAACAUGCUAAUUGGUAUAAUAUGUGAUGUUGCCUGUGAUGUCUGACUUAUGGGACAUGCUGUAUACUUAUUUUAUCCCUAGGGCCAGAGAUGCACAAGCAAUUUUUAUUGUCAAUUCUAGCUGACAACAAAAAAUUGACAACUGAAUUGCUAUUGAUAAAUGUGCCACAUGCAUCACUUGAAAAUUGACAAUUAUUUUAAGCCAUUUUAAAAUGACGGCAGUUUGCAGUAAACAUGUUUCAGUGGCUGUUCUAGUAAUUAUAAUAAUUUUGAAAAGACGUUGAUGUAGAAAAACUUGUGUGUUGACCAGAGAGUGGCUUUCCACGCAAAAUAAUGAGUUUGGAGGUUCUUCAGUUUGUCUUUUACCUCCCCUGGUGAUUUCCCAAAAAUAUUUGUUAAUUCCUUAUACUCAUCUUCUGUUUUAUUGCAGUCUUUAUAUUACGCACAUCUAACAUCCCAUAAACACUUUCUAUCAUUAAAAAACAAUCCAUUGUAGUUUCCUCAUGCAUCCACUUCACUGUAGACAUACUUCCUAUUCAGCAAAAUGGAAUCAGGUAAUUAGAAAAUGCAAUAUCAGUCAAGUAGAAAAAUUGUCAACUGAAUUGCUAAAAAUAGAGCAAAAAAUUUGCUGACAACUGGAGUUGUUAAUUAGUGACACAGUCAAUUUGUAUUGUCAGUUUGAGUUGCCAAGAAACAAAUUACUUACAAAUUGCUUGUGUACAGUAUCUCUUGCAUUAGAUUGCCUCUAAAAGAGGAUUCCACCUGGGAAAUAAAAGCACAAAAAGCAAUAGAGUUGUGGACAUGAGUUUUUUUUUUUAAAUGUCCAUCCUUUCAGCAGUAGCCAUACUGAAGGGAUGCAUGUUGUUUGCAGUACUUCCCUCAACUAAGCCAUUGUUUUAAUCAGUACAUCAUUGUCAUAUGCUGUUUUAACAAACAUUGAGAUACGGAUGUAAAUGACUUUAGAGAUACCUCUGAAGAAACCACAGGUCCACAUCCAACUGAGGAUCAUCUUUCUUCUCAGUGGAGCAAUAACUGAGAAAAUUCCAUUUCACUGAACGUUCUUAACCAUAAACACUACUUCCAAAUCAUCCCCCAAAAUUGUGUGAAAGAUCAGAGUAUUAAGAACAAUCUUUGUGACCUUCUGGUUACCUAUUGUUUUAUUCAUGUAUUUAUAUAACAUAUAAAGCUGCUUUGACCUUCUCGUGAGCCCUUGGACAUAAUAUCACUGAAUUUAACUUGACAUUUAAACUUCUUACAUUUAUAUUGAGUAAAUAUUAGAUUAUAAUAUGUUUCUCCUGUGUUUUUAAAUUGCAUUAAAAUGUUAAUAUAUAUCGAAUUUCUCAUUUCUCAUUUUUAACUAAUGACUUCAUACUGAUGAUCGUUACAUUGGGGUAUAUUGGGCGUCAUGGUAGUCACUCCAGCCAAGUUAGAAUAAAGGAUGGAGGAAAACAUCCAUUACCUUUAUAGGACUGAACUUAAUGGGGAAUUCAGGGUAUUGCCACAGUUAUCCCAGUUAUUUCAGGACCAUUCAUAUACUUUUUCUGGACAGCUGUAAACACUCUAUAAAGCAUUGUACUAUCUGUGAAUUUAUUAGAAGAGAAAAGAAGUCAAAACCUUGAAAAAAAUCUUCUUGUUCUUCAUGUUCUCCUUGUUGAAGAAGCUAAAUGGAAUAUUGUAGAAAAUGAUAUGAACAAGGGAAUGUAAUUUUAAUUGUGAAGCACUUGUAUUAUUUUAUUCAUGUUUUCCUCUUAUUUUAUGAUUGAAUUGACAUAUGUAAUAACCCCUCAUGGCCAUUAUGGCUGUAGUGCAACAGAAUCACACUUUUUUACUUAAGCCAAGUUUGGAUACGCAAACUAAAACAGAACUCUGGGAAAACAGCAUAGCCGAGUCAUAAUCAAUCAAUUCUCUGACAAUCUGAAUGCACAGGUUCGAAUCCCAGGGGUGUUUUUUUUCAUUUAAUUAUAUCACCCUGUAACAGGGCGAGCAGCCCUGUACAUUGAUUUGUUUAUUUUUAGAACGAGGGUUCCCCCUCCGCUCCUGUGUUAUUUUGUGUUUGUUUAUUUUGAUUGUUGUAUGCAUGACGGCGAGCGCCGUAUGUUUGUUAUUGUUUUGUUUAGUUUUAAAACAUGUCCUGGCAGAGGCGAGAUCGGUGCUCGUCCUCUGCCAGGUGUAAUGAAAAAACUCGUGCAGAAGGUGGCCAUCUCCCGAAUUAAUUAAGUGAUUAAUUUUGUUGCUAAUCGGGAGAUGGUCACCUGAAUAUAAAAAGCCUGCAGCUCUCCAGCUCGGGGUGGGUGUCAGAAGGAGAGUGUGCGAGAGGAGUGACGGAGAAACGAGAGAGAAAGUAAACAUAGGAACAGUGAAGGCAAUCUGCCCAGCCUGACCUGUGUUGCAGUUAUUAUUUUGUGUGCGAGAUUUGUGUUUGUUUACUCUUUUAUUUUGCUCGGUGAGCGAGUGUUUAUUUUUGUUUAAAUAUUUAUUUUUGGUUGCUUUAAAUAAAACGGCGCCCGCGCCACUACACAAUACCUUUUUGUUUUUGUUGUUGUGGUCCCUUCCUCUGCCGUGACGUCAGACCCUCAGCCAUUCCUGUCACACGUGGUGUCAGAAGUGGGAUCGCAGCGCCUCCAGGACGCAGGCAGA